AUACUUCCGGGUCGUCUUUCACGUGUCAUGGAUCUAUCAAAAUAACACACUCAUGGAUGGUCACUACACUCCUUUAGUUCACCGGUUGUGGUUGCUGUUUUGAAAGUGUUUGACGUCGACUGGGGAUUGAAAUACUUCUCGGACAUAAACUGUAGGGAUGGCACUUCUGGUGGAUUGUGUUACGGGACAGUUUGAUGACGCAGAAGAGGAGCACAGUGAUGCGAACGAACACGGGAUAAGUAAAAUCCACAUGCAGACUGAGCUUUGUGAUGACCAGUUGGAUUCUGAUGCUGAAGAGGAGGAUGAAGAUGAUGAAGAUGAGGACUAUGAGUGGAUGUGGACUUCAGACCAUCCUACAACUGGACCCAACUCCCAGGCAAACCGGAAGCCAUCUAAUGGUAAAACGUCAAGUUCAACACCUGCAGACAAGGCUCUUAGAAAGUAUGAAAAUAAAAUUAACCUUGAUAAAUGCAACUUGUCUGACUCAGUCAUCAAUAAAGUCACUUUGGUGCAGAGGCAGAAGGACAAUGACACGUUCAGAGUAAAAGACAAGUCUGAUCGGGCAACAGUAGAACAAGUCUUGGAUCCUAGAACGAGAAUGAUUCUGUUUAAAAUGUUGAGUCGGGGAAUCAUUUCUGAAAUUAACGGCUGCAUCAGCACGGGCAAGGAGGCAAAUGUGUAUCAUGCCUUGACGUCAGAAGGCAAGAGCAGAGCCAUAAAGAUCUACAAAACAUCCAUCUUGCAGUUCAAAGACCGGGACAAAUAUGUGUCUGGGGAGUUCAGGUUUCGCCAUGGCUACUGUAAAGGGAACCCUCGAAAGAUGGUGCGGACGUGGGCUGAGAAAGAGAUGAGAAACUUGCUUAGAUUACAGGUGGCUGGUGUUUUGAGUCCAGAACCGCUGCUGCUAAAGAGCCAUGUCCUGCUUAUGGACUUCAUUGGAAAAGAUAACAUCCCAGCUCCUCUGUUGAAGAAUGCAGCUCUGAGUGAGUACAAGGCUCGGGAGCUGUACCUUCAGGUGGUUCUGCACAUGAGAAAAAUGUAUCAAGAUGCAAGAUUAGUUCAUGCCGACCUCAGCGAGUUCAACAUGUUGUAUCAUGAAGGAGACGUCUACAUCAUUGACGUGUCUCAGUCAGUGGAACAUGACCAUCCACAUGCGCUGGAGUUCCUCCGCAAAGACUGCACCAAUGUCAAUGAUUUCUUUGCAAAGCGAGCAGUAGCUGUGAUGACUGUCCGAGAACUCUUUGACUUCAUCACCGAUCUGUCUAUUAAUGAAGCCAAUAUACAAACCUACUUGGACAAGGCUAUUACUUUGGCCGGAGAGCGAACCGCAGAGCAACGGUCAGCACAGGAGUGCAUAGACGAAGAGGUAUUUAAGCAGGUGUACAUCCCCAGGACUUUGACUCAAGUGAAGGACUACGAGAAGCACGUGGAACAAAUUCGGGCUCUGCCCACAACUGCAGGACAAAAUGACAAUGUCCUGUACCAGACGCUGACUGGACUGAACAAGGACCUCACAGGAGUGCAGACUAUCCCAGCUUUACUGGAGAAUCUGGAGUUGGAUGAAGAGCAGGACACUUCUUCUGGAGAAGAGGAGGAGAAAGAGGACAAGACAGAAGAGACACCAGACAGAAAGGAGCUGAAAAGACGAGUGAAAGAAGCACAGAGGGAAAAGAGAAAAACUAAAAUUCCCAAACACAUUAAAAAGAGAAAACAGAAGGUGUCUCGCAAUAAUCUCAAGAACUAAUGUUCAUCCUGAGACGUAGACCUCAUCUACAGAUGCUGCACACAAAACAACAUUAACCAACACUGUACAUUAAACACACACCUCUAUACACAUCCUUUUUAUAUAUAUAUAUAUAUAAAACAAAAUAUGUGCUUGUAUGUUGCCU